UCCCUCAGCCAUCCCAUGUGACAACACGUCUCCACCAAUCACCGCCUACAACUCCCAGCGCUCCUGUCCAAUCGGCGCUCGUCCUAACGGAGAGGGCGGGGCGUCCCCUCUGCUCGUUAUAAAAUUCUGCUGCUUGCGCGUCGCCUGCACUGCGGGGGCAACAUGGCGGACAAGAGGGAGAAGUGUCAUGACCAGAUGAAGCUGUGGAAGGAGAGUCGGGGCAACCAGAAAUCGGAUGUCCUGACAACGGGCGGUGGGAAUCCUGUAGCCGACAAGCUGAACAUUCUGACUGUCGGACCCCGCGGACCGCUGCUGGUUCAGGAUGUGGUCUUCACAGAUGAAAUGGCGCACUUCGACCGGGAGAGGAUUCCAGAGAGGGUGGUGCACGCUAAGGGAGCAGGGGCCUUUGGCUAUUUUGAGGUAACACAUGACAUCACAAGAUAUAGCAAGGCCAAGGUGUUUGAGUACAUUGGAAAGAGGACCCCGAUCGCCGUUCGUUUCUCUACUGUCGCUGGAGAAGCCGGCUCAGCCGACACCGUGCGGGACCCCCGUGGGUUUGCCGUAAAGUUCUACACAGAGGAUGGAAAUUGGGAUUUGACUGGAAACAACACCCCCAUUUUUUUCAUCCGUGAUGCCAUUUUGUUCCCUUCCUUCAUCCACUCUCAGAAGAGAAACCCCCAGACUCACAUGAAAGACCCCGACAUGGUCUGGGAUUUCUGGGCAUUGCGUCCUGAAUCUCUCCAUCAGGUCUCGUUCCUGUUCUCUGACCGAGGGAUCCCUGAUGGUCACCGUCACAUGAACGGCUACGGCUCUCACACCUUCAAACUGAUCAAUGCCAAAAAUGAGCCGGUCUAUUGUAAAUUUCACUACAAGACCGAUCAAGGCAUUAGAAAUCUGACCGUGGAGGAAGCCCAACGCUUGUCUGCUGAAGAUCCAGACUAUGGAAUCCAUGACCUGUAUGAAGCCAUUGCCAAUGGAAACUACCCGUCCUGGACCUUCUAUAUCCAGGUCAUGACCUUCGAACAAGCCGAGAGAUUCCAGUUUAAUCCUUUUGACUUGACUAAGAUCUGGCCUCACAAAGACUACCCCCUCAUCCCUGUGGGUAAGAUGGUUCUUAACCGUAACCCGACCAACUACUUUGCAGAAGUGGAGCAGAUCGCUUUCGAUCCAAGUAACAUGCCUCCUGGGAUUGAGCCGAGCCCAGAUAAAAUGUUGCAGGGGCGUCUCUUCUCAUACCCAGACACACACAGGCACCGUUUGGGCACCAAUUAUCUGCAGUUACCUGUGAACUGCCCUUACAAGGCACGUGUGUCCAACUACCAACGGGAUGGACCUAUGUGCUUCAAUGACAACCAGGGAGGAGCCCCAAAUUAUUACCCGAACAGCUUUUCUGCUCCUGAAGUUCAGCCUUCUGCCCGGGAGAGCCGGUUCCAUGUGUCUGCAGAUGUGGCGCGCUACAACAGCUCGGAUGAUGACAAUGUCUCUCAGGUGCGGGACUUUUACACCAAAGUGUUGAGCGAAGAAGAACGCCAGAGGCUGUGUGAGAACAUCGCCGGACACUUGAAGGAAGCUCAGCUGUUCAUCCAAAAUAGAGUCGUGAAAAACUUCUCUGACGUUCACCCUGAUUAUGGCUCCCGUAUCAAGGCCCUGCUGGACAAGUACAACGCACAAGGUCGCAGUAAGAAACCAGUGAAGACCUACAUCCAACAUUCCGCCAACCUGACGGCAAAGGACAAGUCCAACCUGUAGACGCCGUCUUCCUCAGGAUGAUCCGUCCACCAGAUCUCGCCUUCCUGUUUUUUUUUUUUAAUUGUAGCAUUUUUGCUUUAAUUCAGACCAUAUGGAAUGUACUACGAUUCUUGGCCUCUUCGUCCUGACUAAUUCUAUUCUUAAAGCCGAUUUAUACGUUAGGGAAACUAAUAUGCACUUAAGCCAAUGAUCACACAAUAAGAAGAUAAUACAUUUCGGGCGGUCGUCGAUUAGUAUAGCCUGUGAAUCAGUUUGGUUGGAAACGCUUACAGAUUCGGUGAUCGGCAUGCUGCAGGAUUUGUAGUUUUAUACAACUAACCUUUAUUACUAAGCACCUGGAAUCGUCUGCGUCGUUUGCCUUUAGGUCUCGAUAAUUCUGGUUUGAUAUGGCGCUAUUGCAGUGUUUCCCAACCAGGGUGCCUCCAGCUGUUGCAGAACCACAACUCCCAGCAUGCCCGGACAGCCUUCGGCUGUCCGGGCAUGCUGGGAGUUAUAGUUUUGCAUCAAGUUGGGAAACAUGUAGCCAGUAUGGUAGUCUUCCAUCUAAUGUUGGGGUUGUCUGUAAUUGAAAAGGCAAUGUCAAAUGUUAAUUAUAUAAUUGUGUUUUUACAAUAAACCCAUAUGC